AUUAGUACUCCUUACAAAAUUACAAAUAGACUCUAGAGAGACAAUUAUGGGUUCUAAAGCCUUCAUGAACUCGUACUAGACUGUCUACAAGUCUGCAAGAGAAAUUCCUUUGGAAAAUCAAGCUUCCGAUUUUUCUACUGAAAACAAAUCAAACCAGAAAACUAAUUUGAGAAGUUAGAGAAUGGAACCAGAAAAGGCACUAGAACUGGUAAAGCAAGGCUCAACUCUCCUCUUUCUCGAUGUUCCUCAGUUCACCCUUAUUGGCAUUGACACCCAGGUUUACUCUGCUGGGCCUGAGUUCAAGGGUAUUAAGAUGAUUCCUCCCGGAGUUCAUUUCGUAUUUUACAGUUCAUCUACCAAAGAUGGAAAGGAGUUUUCACCCAUUAUUGGGUUCUUUAUCGAGACGUCCACAUCUGAGGUUGUUGUUCGUAAAUGGAACCUAGAAGAAGAAAGACUGGUGAAAGUUCCAAGUGAAGAGGAAGAGAGAUAUGCUCAGGCUGUGAAACAGUUUGAAUUUGAUAGACAUCUUGGCCCUUACACAUUGAGUGAUUAUGGAGAUUGGAAACGUUUGUCGAAUUACAUUACUAAGGAUGUCAUGGAGCGUAUUGAACCAAUAGGAGGGGAAAUUACAGUGGCAUGUGAAUCAAGCCUAGUUGGUAACAUUCCCAAAACCACCAUGGAGGUUGCUUUGGCUGAGCAAUUGAAGAAUAGUAAGUUUCACAGAGAAGCUGAAAGUUCUGAAAAUAAAGGAUGCUACUAUACGCCUGUUCCUUGGGUUAUCAAGCAGAAAGGAAUUUCUGGAGCAGAACUUACUUCUGUGAAUCUGGACAAGACUCAUAUUCUGGAAACCAUUCUUAUGAAAGAGUGUGGCGGUAAUGAAGACAGAUUUCUCGGUGAGCUGCAAUUUGCAUUUAUUGCAUUUCUGAUGGGGCAAUCACUCGACGGAUUUCUGCAGUGGAAAUCUUUGGUCAGUCUUCUAUUUGGAUGUACCCAAGCUCCAUUUCAUACUAGGAGCCGGCUUUUCGUAAAGUUCGUCAAGUGUGUGUAUUAUCAGCUAAAAUAUGGAUUUCAAAGGGAUCAUGCAAGGAGUUGCGGUAUAGAGAAGGAAUCAUCAUUAUUGCUGGAUGAUUCAUGGCUUACUUCCGAUAGUUUUCUGCAUCACCUCUGCAAGGAAUUUUUUUUGCUGGUUGAUGAGGCCUCAGUUCUUGAUGGUGAUCUUUUAACAUGGACCAGAAAACUAAGAGAACUGCUCGAGAACACACUUGGCUGGGAAUUCCAGCGAAAAAGUGAUAUGGACAGAUUAUAUUUUGAAGAAGAUGAUGAGUACGCCCCAGUGGUUGUUGAGAUGCUGAAUGAAUCCAACUAGAUGAAGCAUGCAUCAUGUACAACAGACUGACACUAGAAAGGAAGAUGAUUAGAUGAGUAAUACAAGGCUGAUAACGUUUUACAAAGCAAGAAUGUAACAGAAUUUUGGUUUAGCUAGUUGUUUGCAGAUAUACGAUUGUACAUAUCUCUCAAAUACAAUACUCCCUCAUUCCCUUAAUACUCGACCUGUUUUGACUUUUUGCACUAUUCACAUAAUUCACUUUGACCCUAUUUUAUUUCUAGUAUAUGAAAACAAAUGUUAGUGUAUAAUAUAUUGUUGGAUUUAUCUUAA